AUGCCUGCCUCGAAGUCGGUCAAGUUGAACACUGGCGCGUCGAUGCCCACUGUUGGGCUGGGGACGUGGAAGAGCAAGCCUGGCGCUGUUGAGCACGCUGUGGAGUUUGCCCUCAAGAAUGGGUACACCAGCAUCGACACCGCUGCCGCUUACCAGAAUGAAGCAGAGGUCGGCCAGGGCAUCAAGGCAUCUGGUGUCCCUCGCGAAUCGUUCUUCUUGACCACCAAGCUGGAUAACCCGGACCAGAAGGACCCCGAUGGUGCACUCGAGUCGUCUCUCAGCAAGCUUGGGACCGAUUAUCUUGAUCUCUGGUUGAUGCAUUGGCCUGCUCCUCAUACCAAGGACAACCCGCCACUCCCCGACUACUCCGUUGAUUGGCUCGAUACAUGGAAGUCGAUGGAGCGUCUUUACAAGGCUCACCCUGAGAAACUCCGCGCCAUUGGUGUCUCCAACUUCAGCGUUGAAUUCCUGGAGCGUCUGCUCGCUGUGGCUACUGUUAUCCCCGCCGUCAACCAGAUCGAGCUCCAUCCGUCCUGCCCACAGCACGACGUUGUUGAGUAUUGCGAGAAACAGGGCAUCGUAAUCACCGCCUACUCGCCACUGGGUUCCGACAACUCGCCCCUGCUUACCAACGAGGUUGUCAAGAAACUCGCGGCCAAGCACAGCGUCGAGCCUGCCAACAUCCUCAUCUCGCUCCAAGCCAACAAGUCGAAUGUCACCGUCCUCCCCAAGUCAGUCACCAACACCCGCAUUCUUUCCAACGCUGUUGUCGUCGAUUUGACCAAGGAGGAGAUCGAUGAGCUUGAAGAGAUUGACAAGACCCACCACUUCCGUGCAUGCCAUCCUGACUGGACUGGCUAUGGCUCGCUGGGCUUCCCUGAUUGCAAGUAG